AUGGACGAAUAUAAAAUAAAGAAAAAACUAUCAGAUAAUUAUGGAAGAUUGGUCUUGUUAGUUGAGGAUAAAGAUAAAAAGUCUUUUAUUUGCAAAAUAUUAACAAAUGAUAAAAAUAGUAAAAAAGAAUUAAAGAAUUUAAUUAGAUUCUCCCAAGAAAAAUACUCUCAUUUAAAUAUUAUCAAAUACAGAAAACAUUUUAUGGUAGACCAAAAAGAUAUAGAUUUGUUAAUAAAUAAUAGCAAUAUUGACAAUGGUAAUAAUAGUAAUUGUAAUAAAAGUAUCAAUAGUAACAAUAGUACCAAUAGCAAUAAUAAUGAUGGUAGCAAUAUUGAUACCAUCAAUGAUAGCAACAAAAGAAUAUGUAUAGUUACAGAUUAUUAUAAUUAUAAUGAUUUAUCUAAAGUGUAUUUUAACGACACAUAUAGAAAUAAUUGUUUAUCAACAAGAGAUUUUUUACCAAUAUUUCUAAGAGUAUUGAUUGUUUUGGCAGAAUUUGAAAAAUUAGAUUGCUUUCACAGAGAUAUUAAACCAGAAAACAUAUUCAUUCAGAAGGUAUAUAUAGAUGGAGAUAAAAAAAAUAUAAAAGAAAAUAAUGUUUACUAUGAUUUUUUUAUUGGCGACUUUGGAGCUUUUAAGGAAAUUUCAACUGUUUGCUCAUAUACAAAUGCAAUUGGUACCAAUUCAUUUAUUGCACCAGUAAUUAAACUCUUUUAA